GGUUAUAAAAAGGCUUACUGGCUCCCUCUGCUGCCCAGUCGGACCGCCAGCGGGCUGAGGGAAGGAGUAGGUAGCCCGCCCGAGUGCAGGCAACAGGGGGCUGAAGAACGCUCUCCCGUCCCGCUUCUCAGGUGUGUGAACCUGUAAAAGUAAGACUUCCAAGAUGAUCCAGUAUAUUUUAAUUGUAGGGAUUCUACUUCCCCAGUCUUUGGCCCAUCCAGGCUUUUUUACUUCAAUUGGUCAGAUGACUGAUUUGAUCCAUACAGAGAAAGAUCUGGUGACUUCCCUAAAAGACUAUAUUAAGGCAGAAGAGGACAAAUUAGAACAAAUAAAAAAAUGGGCAGAGAAAUUAGAUCGGCUAACUAGCACUGCAACAAAAGAUCCAGAAGGAUUUGUCGGGCACCCUGUAAAUGCAUUCAAGUUAAUGAAACGUCUGAACACUGAGUGGAGUGAGUUGGAGAAUCUAGUCCUUAAGGAUAUGUCAGAUGGUUUUAUCUCUAACCUAACCAUUCAGAGACAGUAUUUCCCUAACGAUGAAGAUCAGGUUGGGGCAGCCAAAGCUCUGUUGCGUCUCCAGGACACCUACAAUUUGGAUACAGAUACCAUCUCAAAGGGUAAUCUUCCAGGAGUAAAACACCAGUCUUAUCUAACGGUUGAAGAUUGUUUUGAGUUGGGCAAAGUAGCCUAUACUGAAGCAGACUAUUACCAUACAGAACUGUGGAUGGAACAAGCACUAAGGCAGCUGGAUGAAGGGGAGGUUUCUACCAUUGAUAAGGUCUCUGUUCUGGAUUAUUUGAGCUAUGCAGUGUACCAGCAGGGAGACCUCGAUAAGGCACUUUUGCUCACAAAGAAGCUUCUUGAACUAGAUCCUGAACAUCAGAGAGCUAAUGGUAACUUAAAAUAUUUUGAGUAUAUAAUGGCUAAAGAAAAAGAUGCCAAUAAGUCUACUUCAGAUGACCAAUCUGAUCAGAAAACCACACUGAAGAAAAAAGGGGCUCCUGUGGAUUACCUCCCAGAGAGACAGAAGUACGAAAUGCUGUGCCGUGGGGAGGGUAUCAAAAUGACUCCUCGAAGACAGAAGAAACUCUUUUGCCGCUACCAUGAUGGAAACCGGAAUCCUAAAUUUAUUCUGGCUCCAGCCAAACAGGAGGAUGAGUGGGACAAGCCUCGUAUUAUUCGCUUCCAUGAUAUUAUUUCUGAUGCAGAAAUUGAAAUUGUCAAAGAUCUAGCAAAACCAAGGCUGAGCCGAGCUACAGUACAUGACCCUGAGACUGGAAAAUUGACCACAGCACAGUACAGAGUAUCUAAGAGUGCCUGGCUUUCUGGCUAUGAAAACCCUGUGGUGUCUCGAAUUAAUAUGAGAAUACAAGAUCUAACAGGACUAGAUGUUUCUACAGCAGAGGAAUUACAGGUAGCAAAUUAUGGAGUGGGAGGACAGUAUGAACCCCAUUUUGAUUUUGCACGGAAAGACGAGCCAGAUGCUUUCAAAGAGCUGGGGACAGGAAAUAGGAUUGCUACGUGGCUGUUUUAUAUGAGUGAUGUGUCAGCAGGAGGAGCCACUGUUUUUCCUGAAGUAGGAGCUAGUGUUUGGCCCAAAAAGGGAACCGCUGUUUUCUGGUAUAAUCUGUUUGCCAGUGGAGAAGGAGAUUAUAGCACACGGCAUGCAGCGUGUCCAGUGCUAGUUGGAAAUAAAUGGGUAUCCAAUAAAUGGCUCCAUGAACGUGGACAAGAAUUUCGAAGACCGUGCACCUUAUCAGAAUUGGAAUGACAAAUAGGCUUCUCCUGCUGUACUUGGAUGUAUCUGAUACACACAGUUCCCAGUCUUAACUUUCAAGAGUUUACAACUGACUAACAAACACUCCAUGACUGACUCAGUUAUGAACCUCACACCAUCAUGUUUCAUCUGUGGACAAAUCACUAACUUUGUGGGUGUUUUCUUUUAAAAGUAACACUGAAUCACCAUAUUGUACAUAAUAAAACCUUCAAAUUCAGUUGGUAUCACAAAGGACAAAGCAAGGCAGAAUUAAAAAUGAGGAACUUUUACAUGUUAUAUAUUUUAAAGAACUUUUCGUUUAGAUAAAAAUACACUUUAAGCAUCUGAUCAUAGUAUAUCACUACAUCUCUGUGGGUGGUCGACUGGAAUGGACCGUGUGAUUAAGGAAGACAUACACGCCUUAUAGUGUGUACCUAGGCACUGGGUUUACCUAGUCUUACUACUUAUUUUCUGGAUCUGCCUGAAGAUUAGGAAUAAACCUGGCCUCUAAUCUGGGUUCCAUACAAUGUGUGUCCCUCCAUCCACUUUCUAAGUUGAUUUUUUCCCCCUCCCAUGUGUCCUUUUUACUGUAUUUUACCAAUCCCCCUUUCCGCUCAUAGCUCCAUUGUGGUGAAUUAAGUCUGUUCGAGGUAAAAUACUUUGGUUAAGAAAAAAUUUAACAGGAAGCCCUACAGAACGCCAGGGCUUCUUAACUAAAAUGAUCUUCACUUGGUUUGUUUUUUUAAAUGACUGAUGAUUUUGUCCAUAAAAUUUGCUGUUUUUCUUAGUGCCAAUACCUUGCCUCUUAUUCUUUCUACAGCAGGGUGGUGAUACUGUCUUUCUGAUUAAAUAAAUAUUGUGCCUUAGGAGACUGGAAAUUUAAGUCCUUUCAGUGAUGAGGGAUUUUAAAAAGAAAUAAUCUUCCUCAAAAGCCAAAAUGUUUGUUCUUUCAAUUCUGAAGUGUAUUGUGACA